UGGAAAUAUUGCAGGGGUGAACUUGAGGAUAAAUUUUUUAGGAGUCGGGGGCAUAUGUUCCUUUAAACGCUAUGUAAAAAUGCGCGUUGACAUAAAACUUGUCCUAUCAAAGAUUGCGGUAAAUUUCGCAUAACAAUUGCACUUUCAUUGAAGCGUCUUUGUCAAACACUUUACACGUUGCAACAGUCCUGGGACACUCGUUUUAAAACGGUGGCAGGCGUGUGGUACAAAACCUAGCCUAGAUGGAUGUAGGGAUUGGCUACCAGUUAACCAUACAUUCCGGACAUUUCAUGCAGCGAUCUGCUUCGUACUGUUACCGCCAUUUCGUGACUUAUAUGCCGUAUGAAAUGUUGGCCGAGUAGCUCGAUGUCUUGCUUCACUCGGCGACAAAACUUGGGAAAUAAAUAACAUUCUGGAAGGUUAAAAGUAUAACGCUGGUCUAAUAAAACUGCGUUUUUUGAUGAAUCGAGCAUCUGGUUUGACAAUGAGCACUUCAUCGCGCGGCACACCCGCAUAAACAUAUACCGUCUGCGAAACGGAUUUCAAACGCGACCUAGUUCAGCGGAAUGUAGGACUGAACGUAACUAGAAAAUUUCCACCCGAGGAUUUGAUUGGUGCUGAACGAGAGAAAAGAAAAAAGGAACAGGAAUGCCUGACUACAAUGGUAACUGACGGCAUACAAGGCGGAACUGAAUUGGCAGGUUCUGCGGCCAGAUAAGGAUAUAUUUUGCAGUUCAUUUGAACAUAAUCAAUGGUGUGUGAAGAUGUCUGACUGGAACUUGCUUAGUUUAGGAAAUGCACCACUUUCAUUUGAGGCUGCUCGAAAUGUACUGUUAAAUCCUGCUAAUGCAGUAAAAAUAUUUCCAGAUGUGCCAUGCAUUAAUCCAGUUGGUGGCAGAGCAUAUUUAUUUCAAAGUCGCCUGGCAUUAUGCAAAUUACAUGCCAAGUUAGACCCGUACAAGUUUAUGUAUCUCGGAAAAGGUUACAACAAGGAAUUUGGUGUUAUGAAACGUUACUAUCACCUGAAACACAACAGGACAGACCUCAACAAACAGCUGUAUAAUUUCCAAAGGCAUAUUUAUUGUCUUGCUAUUGGCGAAUGCAGUAGUGAUACUAUGAUCUUGUACCUCGUGCAUUAUUUUGGAAACGAUUACCUGCUCGAGCAUGCACCUUAUAGAAAAGGUGUCAGCCCUAACAAUGUUGUUGAUCAUACGGCGACACCUCUGGAUAUAAGUUGUGAAGAGACAGUUAUUGAGUCUCUGGCAUCUACCGUGUCUGACAAUGAUUGUUCCAUUUCCUUUUCUGAAGUAAAAUCAGAGUCUGAAGAAAAAUUUCCUACUUCUGAAGAUUUUACGCCUGUAGCAGAUGAUGAUCAGUCUUCUUCGCCUACCUCAAUUUCACGUAGUCAUAUGUCAGUUCAAAGAAUUGAAUCCAACUGUUUAACUAUGGAUCAUGGAUCAAUCGAAGAUAGUUCUUGCAGGAUAGCUUCUUCAUCGCAAAACUCUCUACCAAUUUUCUCUGCCGAACAAUCUUCUUCGAGGAAACGAAAGUCAAACACAGUUUCAUCCGAAAAUCAAAGGAAAAUAUUUAAACCUGACAAAAGGUUGACACUGAAUGACACAGAUUUGAACAACGCAGAAUACCUCUUUGCUGUGCAUACAGCUGCUCAAUUGCAGCAGCUACCGAGGGAUAUAAAGGCAAAAGUAAAAUUUCAAAUUGCAACUAUAUUUUAUGAAGCUGAAAUGAAAGCUUUGAAUUGUUCUGAAAAUGACUGAUAUCCAAAUUUUUGGAAUACAAUUAUUGUUGGUUGUAUAUUUUUCCUUGCUUCACGGAUUAUGCCUAUUGUUUUUCGUAGUUAUUCUCUUACAUUCGAUAAACCAAACUGGUAUCGUAUUUUUAAUUCAAUAUUAUUCAUUUACUAUACACUAUUUUAGUGCCUAUCUAAGACGAGCAUUGUUCAGGUGCCUUGCCUGACUCGCACAAACCAUAUUUGAAUCCUGAAUAAAUUAACGAUUACUUUUUUUAAUGUAUUAUAGUUGUAUCGAAAUUAUCUGUAAUCCUAUAUCUUGGCAUAUUGGCGUUAUCCUGUUUUUAUUUUUAUAAUGCCAUUUUUAUCAGCUUUUAAUAAUAUUCAUUUUAUUGAUCGAUUUUUAUAUACUUACACUUACCGUAUCAGUUAUCAUGCUGAAAUUAGAAAUGUCAUCGAAAAUAUUUAGUUUAUGAACUAGCUAGUGUACAUUAGAAGCAUCUUACUUAUGGAAAAUAGUAUUUUCUUUCAAGUUCUAAUAUUUGACUAAAAAGUU